AUGUGCAAUAAUUCCAAGGAUGCCACCAGAGAAAAACAACUAUUGGAAAUGACAGACAAAUUUUUGGAACGUGGAUACAAGCGGUCUACCCUUGAUAAGGCGCUGGAAGAAGCAAGAAAUUCACGAGUACCUGAUGGAGAAGAGACUAAUAACAAAGCCAUUCAGAAAUUAGUUUUCCCCACUACACAUCAUCAGUCUACUACUUUGAUUUCUUCUACCAUUAGAAAAAAUUGGAGAAUUUUGGCAGCAGACGACACCCUCCCCAAGGUCUUCCAUGAAAAACCAUUGAUUUGCUACAAAAGGAAUAAGAACUUAAAAGAUCUUUUAGUCCAUACGGACCCUACUUCAAGUUACAUGGAACACAUUACAACCCAGAAUCGAGGUUGUGUGCGCUGUCUAGGCUGUGUUACAUGUGGUCACAUGAUGCCAUCGAAGACGUUCUCUCACCCGCACACGAAUAAACAAUACCUUAUUAAGAAGACCAUCACAUGUAAAACAACUCAUGUUAUUUACAAGUUAAUGUGCCCGUGUGGUCUAGCUUAUGUUGGUAAGACAGAGACUGCAUUAUGUGAGAGAAUUCGGGGACAUAGAUCCAGUAUUAGAUUAGCAUAUAGAGAUGGAUCUUCUGAUAAACCCGUGGCUAAACAUUUCUGGGAAUAUAAACAUCCGUUAUCCGCAUUGAAAUUUGUGGCUAUUGACCAUAUCCCAUUAUCCAACAGAGCAGGUGACCGGGGAAAAAUUCUUCUGAAUAGAGAGACCUAUUGGAUUUAUGAGUUAGAUACAGUCUCUCCAAAAGGCCUGAAUGAACAUAUUUCUUUUCACUCCUUUCUAUAA